CGACUGUCAGAAGUUGAGGGUUCUCGGCGUAGAACCCGACUCGGAAAAGCCCGCCACGCCUGGGCCGCCCCCCGCCGGCCGUGUCCCACUCCGGACAUCUGGGAGACCCCUGUGAUCUGAAUGACGGCGUCAGAGCGGGGAUGCCCAGGCAUGGCUUGAGGCCCUGCACCGGCAGCGUUAAACCUGAAAAUCCUACUUGAGUGCCGCAGAGCAGGUUUCUCCUGAGAGGAGGGAGGGUGCUUGCGGCAGCCGGUCACCGUCUGGGCCUUCGUUUGUGGCCGCCGCUUCUCGCCACGAUGAGCGCCCGUCUGCCUUCCGUCCCUUCGGACCCUGAGCGGCGAGUCCGGAGCACGUUGAAGAAGGUCUUUGGGUUUGACUCUUUUAAGACACCUUUACAGGAGAGCGCGACCAUGGCUGUGGUGAAAGGUGACAAGGAUGUAUUUGUGUGCAUGCCCACAGGGGCAGGAAAAUCCCUCUGCUAUCAGCUGCCUGCCCUGUUGGCCAAAGGCAUCACUGUUGUAGUCUCUCCUCUCAUUGCUUUGAUUCAGGACCAAGUGGACCACCUGCUGGCCCUAAAGAUACGAGUGAGUUCUCUGAACUCGAAGCUCUCUGCACAGGAGAGGAAGGAGCUGCUCUCUGACCUAGCGCGGGAGAAGCCGCAGACCAAGCUUCUGUACAUCACCCCGGAGAUGGCAGCUUCUGCCUCCUUCCAGCCCACCUUGAACUCCCUCGUGUCACGCAACCUGCUCUCUUACUUGGUGGUGGACGAAGCUCAUUGUGUUUCCCAGUGGGGACACGACUUUCGUCCUGACUACCUGCGGCUGGGGGCCCUACGCACUCGCCUAGAACACACCCCAUGUGUGGCCCUGACCGCAACAGCCACGCCACAGGUCCAAGAUGAUGUGUUUACAGCCCUGCACCUGAAGCAGCCGGUUGCCACCUUCAGGACUCCCUGCUUCCGGGCUAACCUCUUCUAUGAUGUGCAGUUUAAGGAACUGAUUUCUGAUCCCUAUGGAAACCUGAGGGAUUUCUGCCUCAAGGCUCUUGGACAGAAGACUGUUAAAGGGACGUUGUCCGGCUGCGGCAUUGUCUACUGUCGGACCAGGGAGGCCUGUGAACAGCUGGCCAUGGAGCUCAGUUGCCGGGGUGUGAACGCCAAGGCUUACCAUGCAGGGCUGAAGGCAUCUGAUCGAACGUUGGUACAGAAUGAGUGGAUGGAGGAGAAGGUGCCUGUCAUUGUUGCAACCAUCAGUUUCGGGAUGGGAGUGGACAAAGCCAAUGUCAGGUUUGUCGCCCACUGGAAUAUUGCCAAGUCCAUGGCUGGUUACUACCAGGAGUCGGGCCGUGCCGGCAGGGAUGGGAAGCCUUCUUGGUGCCGUCUCUAUUACUCUAGGAGUGACAGGGACCAAGUCAGCUUCCUGAUCAGAAACGAAAUAGCAAAGCUCCAGGAGAAGAGAGGGCACAAAGCAUCUGACAAAGCCACACUCUUGGCCUUUGACGCCCUGGUGACCUUCUGUGAAGAACUGGGGUGCCGCCACGCUGCCAUUGCCAAGUACUUCGGGGAUGCACCGCCUGCCUGCAGCAAAGGCUGUGACCACUGCCAGAACCCCAAAGCCGUGAAGAGGCAGCUGGAUGCCCUGGAACACAGCAGCAGCUCCAGCAAGACCUGCAUCGGACCCUCCAAGGGGGAUGGCUUUGACCCGGAACUCUACGAGGGAGGCCGUAGGGGCUACGGGGGCUUUAGCAGGUAUGACGAGGGCUCUGGCGGCAGCGGGGAUGAGGGCAGAGAUGAGGCCCACAAGCGGGAGUGGCAUCUCUUCUAUCAGAAGCAAAUGCGCCUGCGCAAGGGCAAGGAUCCCAAGCCGGAAGAAUUUGUGCCCCCAGAUGAGGACUGUCCCCUGAAAGAGGCUGCUAGCAGGAAGAUCCCCAGGCUCACUGUCAAGGCCCGGGAGCACUGCCUAGGGCUGCUGGAGGAAGCUCUGAGCAGUAACCGCCACGCCACUGAGAGCACUGAGGGAGCCGACCUUCUGGCCAAGGCCGUGGAGCUGGAACAUGCAAUGUUCCGAAACGCCAAGAUGGCCAACCUGUACAAGGCCAGUGUGCUGAAGAAGGUAGCUGAGAUCCACAAGGCUUCCAAGGAUGGGCAGCUCUAUGACACAGGAGGCGGAGCCAAGACCUGCAGUGGCCAGGCCAAGCCCUCAGAACCCAGCGAGUAUGACCUCCCAACGGCCUCCCAGGUGUACUCGUUCAAGGCCAAACGCGUGGGAGCUGGUUUCCCCAAGGGUUCCUGCCUGUUCCAGACAGCCACCGAGCUGAUGGGAGAAACUUCGAAGCAAGCCCCCGGGCCUGGGCAGGGUGAAGCAGAGGAGCCCCUCCCCAGGCCCAGCCCCCGAGCAUCUGGAGGCAGUGGCCUCUGUGAGGGGCCUUCCUCCAGGAAGAAGGUCAAGGGCACCUCUGGUUACUCAGCCCCUGCCAAGACCUGGGCCAACAAGAAGCAGCAGCUCCUGGCCACUGCAGCCCAAAAGGACUCUCAAGACAUUGCUCGCUUCUUCCAUCAGCGGGCAGGGAGCCAGGCCCCGCUCGCUUCAGCUGCGGGGGCAGCAGAUGCUAGCCCCUCUUCUGAGGGGGUGCAGGACAGGGCCCUGGAGCCGUGUGCAGACGAAGACAGAACCCUGGCGUGUUUGACUGAGGAGAGACCCGGGGUGGAGCCCAGCACCUGCCCACUCAGAGACCAGCAGCCUGGAGCAGCCCCUCCUCCCGAGGAGACACAGAUGGGCAAGAGGCCUCGACCCUGCCAGGACGAGCCAGAGAGCCAGGCACCCAAGAGGCCGUGUCCCUCUGCCAAGCACAGUGUACCAGCUGAGGCCAAAGGCAGCAUCCUGGCCAGCGACCCUGCUGCCCGAGACCCCAGCCAGCCCUCAGCUCCUGGUAUCUCCCUGAAGGCAGCUGCGGAUGUGGUAGUCAGGUGUUUGACCCCUUUCUACAAGGAGGGCAAGUUUGCAUCCAAGGAACUGUUCAAAGGCUUCGCCCGCCACCUCUCACACUUGCUGGCUCAGAGGCCCUGUUCCGGAAGGAGUGUGAAACAAGAGGCCCAGGACCUCAUCGAGCUGUUCUUCCACAACCGGAGUCGGUGCGAGAGUGCAGUGGACUGGCACGGCCUGUUUGCGCCACAGAGCUGACCCCGCUGCCGGCUGUGCAGAGCCUGCACCCACCCAGACUCUGCCAUGUGCCAGCCUGGGCCUUCCCAAUGAGCUGGGGGGGACUAGGCAGGUUCACUGGUGCCAAGGGCUCAUACUUCUCAGGGUCUUUCCCCUGUCCCACCACAGCUGGCUUUGGGAUGGCCCCAGAUGCUUCCCAAGUCAAGUCAGAAGACAGAGGUCAGCUGGCCUUCCUGCCUGCAAAGCCCAACCCCAGCCUCUCCCAGGCCCCAGGGCACGGGUCUCUGCCCAGACACCCAGGCUCAAAGGCGUUGGCCAGUGUGGCUGCUCUAGCUCUUGUUGGAGACGAGAACCAGCGCAAGGCCCACCUGCCCAAGCUGUUGGAGCCUACUCGGGGAGCCCUUGCCAGCACCACUUCCCUGAGAUGCCAGCCUUGCCCCGGGCUCAGAGCUGGCAGGAAGACGGACAGCAGCCAGGCCUGGCUCCUGGGCACAGAGGCCAGGCCCCCUGAGAUGUUUGCAAGAAUAAAAUCCUGUGUGUCCAGAUAAACAGAUGCACACAGAAAUACACAUACAA